AUGUCGCAACCCGCCCAAAGAGCUGCCACCCAGUCGUUUAUCAAUAAAUUCAUUAAUAAGCAAACUUUGAAAUACGUUUUCACUACGCAUUUCUGGGGGCCUGUCUCUAAUUUUGGUAUACCGCUUGCUGCCAUUUACGAUCUUAAAAAGGACCCAGAGCUGAUUUCUGGGCCAAUGACUGGUGCUCUUAUUGCGUAUUCUGCAGUCUUCAUGAGAUAUGCCCUAGCCGUGACUCCUAAGAAUUACCUUUUGUUUGGUUGUCAUAUCAUUAAUGAGGGAGCACAGAUAGGCCAGGCCGUGAGAUUUUUGAAUUAUCAUUACCUCAGUCCAGGAAGAGAGACCAAGAAAGAGUCUUCAGCAUGA